CCUCUUUGUUGUUUGCUUGUGAGCAUGCUCUCGGCAGCUUUAACAAUGGCCUCAGCAGCAGUUCAUCAGCCCGGCGGCCACUCGACUUCCUUUGAGCCACUACAGACUCAAGUGAAAAGCACCUCUGUACCGCAGCAAGAGAAGCACCAUGUCCAGACUUCGCUGAACUACUACAAGGAUCCUGGAGACGGAAGCUCUCCGGCGCCAAGCUACGUUGGCAAGCCCGAGACAUAUGAAAGACCAGCCCAACCAUUGGACGUGACCAUUCGUGAUAUUCGUGGCGAACGGGAUAAUUAUACCCUCGACAAGAACGGAUUCCAGAUCUUCGUUCGGGAGAGCGUCGAGAAGGACUUCCUUGAUGACGAGCAGAUCAAAGCCCAGUACUACCCAGAGACUGAACAGUUGUUGAAGGAUGCGACCGGAGCCUCUCGUGUCUUUAUCUUCGACCAUACAAUUCGCCGUGCCCCGAAGGACCAGAGAGGUCCGACCACAACUGUCAAUCUUCGAGGACCUGUCAAUCGUGUCCACAUCGACCAGAGCUACAGCGCAGCUAAGGGCCGCGUGCCGCACCACCUACCUGAAGAAGCUGAUAGACUACUGUCAACCCGAUACCAGAUCAUCAACGUAUGGCGACCGAUCAAGAAGAUUUUGAAAGAUCCUCUCGCAGUCGCUGAUGCUCAUUCGGUUCCGGACUCGGACCUGGUUGGUGUUGGGCUCAUCUACCCUGAUAGACGAGGCGAGACCUACACGGUGCGGCCCAACCCGGAGCACAGGUGGUACUACCUGUACGGACAGACACCGGAGGAAGUAAUGCUGAUCAAGUGCUUUGACUCAAAGCUGGAUGGAAGGGCGAGAAGAGUUCCUCAUACUGCGUUUGUGAACCCGGACACGGUCAAUGAGUAUUCGCGCGAGAGUAUCGAAGUGAGAGCUUUGGUUUUUCAUGAGGAUGAACCUGCAGAGUGAAGUUAUGUUAGUCAUCAGGACAGCCAUGAUAUUGUUACCGUAUAUCGACCGACUCCGUUCACUGCAUCUUUAAUAAUACUCAAUGUUCAAAUGAUAAUA